ACAACAUCAACCCAAAUACAUGUCUGGCAACAAAAUCUCAAUGCCUCAUUAUUAGCACAACACUCCCUCCUCAACAGUUCCAUUGCCCACAACUGGGAUAUAGUAGCCCUUCAAGAACCACACAUCAACACAUUGAAAAACACCAUCUCCUCCCCAUAUUUUCACACCAUAUACCUGACAACACACUUCUCCUCACUCAACCUCACAUCAUGCACUGUCACCCUGGUAUCCAAAGCCUUCAACACGAACUCCUGGCAACAAAUAGCAUUUCCAUCUCCAGACAUAGUGAUGAUUCAAUUCAAAGACCCCUUCAGGCGAUGCACAUUAUGUAAUGUUUACAAUGAUUGUCUACUAACACUAACAUAG